UUAUUAUUAUUAUUUUAUAAUGGAAUAUUAAUAAAUUAUUAAGUUUUAUUGAUUAAAUCAUUUUAUUUGUGGGUUAUCCUCAAACUAUGUUAAAAUUAUUAUAAAUUUAUUUUAACAAUUAUUUUCUAUGCAUAGUUGUCUUUUAUGUGUGCAGUCCAUGGCUCGCUGGAUGUCCUAUGAAAAAAAAAAAAAAUUCACUUUACUUAUCUUAAAUUUAAUAUAAUUUAUUGUAUGUUAAAUCACUUAACUUAACAAAUAAGUGUGUUAUUGAAAAUGUAUGAUGUCAAUAUUAAGUUUAAUAAUAUUAAUUGGCAAAAGAGUAAAAAUGUAAGAAAAUAUUAUAAGAAACUUCUCUAUCAAGAAAACAUAUAAUUCGUCACAAGACACUUAUUUUUAUAUUUUCUUUAAAUAAUAUAAUAUGAACCAUGUUAGAUUAUUUUAUAAAGGGUAAAUAAAGACUGAUUAAAAAUAUCAAAAUAUUCACUGCCCUAAUAUAUGAUUGUACCAUCAUCAGUCAUUUAAGUUGAACAAAAAUUGUAAGAAUAUGUUUUUCGAAAUUAAGUAAAACAAAAACUAAAUAAAAAAGCAUAAAUUAGAAAGAUUACAGUAAUCUGUGUGCUAUAAAAUCCAGAGCCUUAAAAUAGUUUGUCUCUAUUGGUACCAAGCACAGAUCUAGCUAAAGAAAAAAAAAAAAAAGGAAUUAAGACUGCCCUAUAAAUGGUUAUCUUGAAUUGCAUAAUUCAUUGCCAAAUCUGAUAAUUUUGGUUUUAAAAGGCAUAAUGGAUACCUUCUGAUUACGUACGUAAGUGCAUAUGGAAAGCCAACUUUUCUUUCUCCAACUUUAGAUUUUGUAGAAUCUUGAAUACAAUAAAUAACAGAACGAUCUUCUCUAUCAUUUGACAGCAGCCAUAAAAAUCUGUUGCAUGCAUCUGCACGAGUCCAACUGAUCACCUUUCUAUUUCCUUUUAUAGGCACUGCUAGGUUUUCUUAAAUUCGUAACUUCGCAGUCUUGGAAAUAACUUCAGUAUAUAACAGCAUCUUUUCCCUACCUCUCAUACAAAUUCUUUCAUGUUACACAUAUAUUAUUGAUAGUGAAAGAUAAUAGUAAGAUGGCCAUGGCUAUAAAAUUCUCCAACGUUCAUGUAGUUCUUCCCUUAGCUUUACUUGCUACUGUUCUUUUUCUCUACUUAUCUCCAUUAGACCAAAAUAAGAAUAUUACUUAUGAUCAUUGCCCUACUUCUGCCAACCAAGAAAAUAUUCAACCUUCUUCUUCACCAAAUCCCUUGCUACCAACGCUUACUAAUCCACAUCAAGAGAAGAAGAAGACAGGUAACUUGGAGAGAAUUGAAGAUGGUCUCGCUAGAGCAAGGGCAGCCAUUCAUAAAGCAGUUGAAUCAAGAAACUAUUCAUCAUAUAAAGAGGAGACUUACAUUCCAAGAGGAGUCGUGUACAGAAAUCCUUAUGCUUUUCAUCAGAGUCACAUAGAGAUGGAAAAGAAAUUGAAGGUGUGGGUUUACAGAGAAGGGGAGCGACCCCUAGUCCAUGGCGGGCCGGUGAAAAACAUCUACGGCGUGGAAGGGCAGUUUAUCGACGAAAUGGAGAGAGGGCGGAGCCAUUUCAUUGCCCGCCGUCCUGAGGAAGCACAAGUGUUCUUCCUCCCAGUCAGUGUCGCUAAUAUUAUCAACUUCAUAUAUAAACCGAUCGUCACCUAUUCUCGUGAUCAGCUGCAACGCUUGGUCACUGAUUAUGUAGGCACUGUCGCCAACAAAUAUCCUUAUUGGAAUAGAAGCAGUGGAGCUGAUCAUUUCUUGGUUUCUUGCCACGAUUGGGCACCUGAUAUCUCAACAGCAAAUCCUGAGCUAUACAGGAACUUUAUCAGAGUCCUUUGCAAUGCCAAUACAUCUGAAAGGUUCAAUCCGAAAAGAGAUGUCUCCAUACCAGAAAUUAACAUUCCUUCAGGCAAGCUUGGUCCUCCUCUUCAUCAAGCCUCAUCUCCAUCUAACCGAACAAUUCUUGCUUUCUUCGCUGGUGGAUCCCAUGGUUACAUCAGAAAAUUACUUUUAGAACAUUGGAAAGGCAAAGACAGUGAGAUUCAAGUCCAUGAGUAUCUUGACAAGAAGCAAAACUACUUCAAAUUAAUGGGUCAAAGCAGGUUUUGCCUGUGUCCAAGUGGGUAUGAAGUAGCAAGUCCUAGAGUGGUGACAGCAAUUCAACUUGGAUGUGUCCCUGUCACAAUUUCUGAUAACUAUACAUUGCCAUUUAGUGAUGUUCUUGAUUGGAGCAAGUUCUCAGUUCACAUUCCGUCCGGGAAGAUACAGGAAAUUAAGACCAUUUUGAAAGGGAUCUCGCCCCGACAGUAUCUUAAGAUGCAUAAGAGAGUGAUGCUAGUUCGAAGACAUUUUAUGUUGAACAGACCUGCUCAGCCAUUUGAUAUGAUUCAUAUGAUGCUCCAUUCUAUAUGGUUAAGGAGGCUUAAUAUCAGACUGCCAUUUAGUUGAGGUAUUCAUUCAAAGAUUAUUGUAUAAUACCUCUAUUUGUGCGCUACUCGAUCUUUUAUUAUUAUUUUAAUUUUUAAUUAUAUUUUUAAUUUAGAAAAUAAUAUUGAUAUUU